AUAUAAACAGAGGACAGCCAUUUUCAUCAUCUUUAACCACAAACUAGGGUUAUUCGCUAGCUGUUUCAGUAUCUCUUGAGCUUCUCACUACCAAUCCCAGCCGAAUCCAUGUCGAGGAGAAAGACUAGGGAGCCAAAGGAAGAGACCGUAACACUUGGUCCAGCGACGAGGGAGGGUGAAUUGGUGUUCGGUGUUGCUCACAUUUUUGCCUCUUUCAACGAUACAUUCAUUCACGUAACUGAUUUGUCUGGAAGAGAAACUAUGGUUCGCAUUACUGGUGGAAUGAAGGUGAAGGCUGAUAGAGAUGAAUCUUCUCCAUAUGCUGCCAUGCUUGCAGCUCAGGAUGUGUCUCAGCGAUGCAAGGAACUUGGAAUUAAUGCUCUUCACAUUAAGCUUCGGGCUACCGGAGGUAACAAGACUAAGACUCCUGGUCCUGGUGCCCAGUCUGCUCUUAGGGCUUUGGCUCGAUCUGGCAUGAAAAUUGGACGCAUAGAGGAUGUGACUCCAAUUCCCACAGAUAGCACUCGCAGAAAGGGUGGUAGAAGGGGAAGGAGGCUGUGAAGACAGUUCGUUUCUGCAGCAUACUGCAACUUGGAGAAUUUUGUUGUUGACAAUGCUCCUAUCAAUUUCUAUUUACAACAAUUGAUAUCUCUAUACUUUGUAUCUGAGACUUUUGGUUUUGCACCACCUUCAUUUUGAGCUGCCCAGCUUUGCGAGAUAAUGAAAUUUUCUUGAAUUUGGUUUCAUUGAUAUUAGUAGGUUGAAUGGUCAAAAUUAUGUAGACUUUUCUUAA